UUUAUUUCAUGUAAAGGAGUGUGCGACAUGAACUGCGUAGGAACCAAUUGUUCUUAGUUUUUGUUUCCGGUCGGACUGAAUCUCGGCGGGACCAGAAACAUGGCGUUCAACUUCGGCGGCGCGUCCAGCAACGCGAGUCUUUCUGGCACGGGCUUCGGAGCCGCGACCACAACAUCCGCGUCCACGAGCUUCGGCUUCGGAUCGGGCACCACGGGUGCGUUCGGGGGGUUCGGCUCCACCACCUCCGCCGGCGCCGGGACCAACUUCAAUUUCUCCACACCGUCAAACACAGGUGCUAGUCUCUUUGGAAACACUCAGAACAAGGGCUUCGGCUUCUCGUCCGGUCUGGGCUCCAGUGCACCGGCGGGGACGGGUUUCGGAGGAGCUCUGGGCGGCACUGGACUGGGCUUCGGAGGAUUCGCUGGGAUCCAGCCCACUCAGAACCAGCAAGGAGGCCUGUUUAACCAGCAGGCGUCUCAGUCCAGUCAGCUGUUUAACACGGCCAGUGCUCUCUCCGCUCCGUCGGUGCUCAAUGACGAGCGCGACUCUAUUCUGGCUCGGUGGAACCAGCUGCAGGCGUUCUGGGGCGCAGGGAAGGGGUACUUCAGCAGCAGCACACCCCCCGUGGAGUUCAGCCAGGAGAACCCCUUCUGCCGCUUCAAGGCGGUGGGCUACAGCUGUGUUCCUGAUGUGAAGGAUGAGGAUGGUUUAGUGGCUCUGGCUCUCAAUAAGAAGGAAGUUGAUGUUCGCUCUCAGCAGCAGCAGCUGGUCGAAUCAUUGCACAAGGUUCUGGGAGGAAACCCCACUCUUUCUGUGAACGUGGAGGGAGUGCGAGCGCUGCCCGAUGACCAGACAGAGAUGAUCGUUUAUCUGGUGGAGCGCUCUCCUAACGGCACGUCGAAGCGAGUCCCGGCGUCCACGCUCUACAGCUACAUGGAGCAGCUGAACGUGAAGUCUGCGCUGCAGCAGCUGGGGGUCAUCAUGGCGGUCAGUCGCACCGCACUGACCCCAGCACAGCUCAAGCAGCUGCUGCAGAACCCCCCCGCAGGUGUGGAUCCCAUCAUCUGGGAACAGGCCAAAGUGGACAAUCCAGACCCAGAGAAGUUGAUUCCGGUGCCCAUGGUGGGCUUCAGAGAGCUGCUGCGCAGACUGAAGAUCCAGGACCAGAUGACCAAACAGCACCAGACCAGAGUGGACAUCAUCUCUAAUGACAUCAGUGAACUGCAGAGGAAUCAGGCCACGACCGCCGCCAAGAUCACGCAGUACAAACGCAAGCUGAUGGACCUCUCACACAGAGUCCUGCAGGUGUUGAUUAAACAGGAAGUUCAGAGGAAGAGCGGUUACGCCAUUCAGCUGGACGAGGAACACCUGAGGGUUCAGCUGGAAACCAUCCAAUCAGAGCUCAAUGCACCGACACAGUUCAAGGGGAGACUGAAUGAACUCAUGUCUCAGAUUCGGAUGCAGAAUCAUUUUGGAGCCGUUCGUUCAGAAGAGCGUUACCGUGUUGAUGCAGAUCUGCUGAGAGAAAUCAAACAGCAUCUGAAGCAGCAGCAGCAGGGUUUGAGUCACCUGAUCAGUGUCAUUAAAGACGAUCUGGACGACAUCAAGACUGUUGAAGACGGGCUUCACGACGGCGUUCACGGACGCAGCAGUAAACUCAGCUGAUCAACGUGAGACACACACGAGACGCUAACCUCAGACGCAGAUCACUGUGUAGGAGCAGCACAUUUAUACUCACUGUGUGUGAUUGAGACUUCGAUCAGCUGGAAUGUUUUACUGUGUCUAUGAUUCAUUAAUAAAGCUUCACCGUAUGAACAAA